GGAAGCUCCCCCUCGAGGGCGCAUUCCCAGGAGGGCGCGUUGGGCACGCGGUGACGUCGCGGGCGUUAGCGUGCUGACGUCGGAGGCGUCCGCGAGGAUGGUGGCCGGCGCCUUCCCGCUGGCCAAGCUGAUGUACUUGGGCGUCCGGCAGCUCUCGAAGCCCCUGGCCGCGCGCAUCAAGGCCGGGGCGCGCGCCAGCCCCUUCUUCCGGCAGUACAUCUGCGGGCCUCCCGCCCAGGUCUAUCACUGGAUCGAGAUGCGCACCAAGAUGCGGAUCAUGGGCUUCCGCGGCGCCGCCAUCAAGCCGCUGAACGAGGAGGCGGCCGCCGAGCUGGGCGCAGAACUGCUGGGGGAGGGCAUCAUCUUCGGGGUGGGGGGCCUGUGCAUCUUCUUGGAGUACGCCCGUCAGAGCGCCAACUCCAAGAAGAAAGAGGAUGAGCUGAACAGCACCCUCCUGGGCCUGCAGGAGCAGCUGGCGGAGCUGACCUUGACUGUGGAAACCCUGGACACGCAAUUGCGCGAGGUCAACCGGGCGCUCGUGGCCGUCUCGGCCUCCCCCAAGAAAUGACUGGCCCCCCUGGGGAAGACGACACUUCCUGGAACUGCCGUCUCAGGCGUGACGGAGGAGAGUCUCGCCCCGCGUGGAUCAUUAACGGGAUGCGGUGGGGUGUCGGCCUCGUUAUACGCAGCAGGUUUGCGGGGGCGUCGUCGUGCUUCGCUCCCACCCCCGCCGCUGGAUUACCUGACCUCUGACUGCCGUGCAAAUAAGGAAUCAUUAAAAAGUGAUUGUUCAGGCGGCUGGUCCUGGAAAGAGC